GCUGCUGUCCUGUGGGAUGGGUGACGGCCAGGAGCAGGACCAGUACGAGGAGCGUCUAAAGGAACUUUUCAACAGUUUUGACGCCAGCGGCUGCGGCUCUCUGAGCGCUGAGGAGCUGUCCGAACUCUGCCAGUCCUUGCACCUGGACGAUGCCACACCGGCCCUGCUCCAUGCUCUGCUGCAGAACCAGGACCAGCUCACCUCCAGGGUCGACUUUGACCAGUUCAAGAAUGCGCUGAUCCUGGUUUUGUCAUCGACGGUGGAGCCGCCUCCGGAGGAGACGCAGCCUUCACCUGAACCAGAAUCUCCCGAGAUCCAACCAAAGUUUGUGAAAGGCAGCAAGCGCUACGGCCGCCGCUCCACGCCGGAGUACCUGGAGCCCGUGCCGGACUCGUCUGACGCCUCCAGCAGAAACUCAGCCAGUGAGAAGGAUUUGGAGGACAACUGUGACUCAGCCGUUCCCAGGAAGCGUGAGCGCUGGAACGGUUACGACGAGGGAACAGAGGAGUAUGAAGCUGAAGGUCAGAUGCAUCUGUGGAACCCCGACGAGCCGAGCACGCCGCGGGGAUCCGUCGCCCCCCUGUCGCCCCACUUGCAGGAACGACUGCGCGAAGCCUGCGAGGAGCUGUCGAUAUCGUGGGACGGAUGUGCCGGACGUGCCGGACACGCCGAACUGCUCGCUCUCUGUGAACAUUUGGGCCUGGAGAUAAAUGGCGAUGUUCUCCUGAGUCUCACCGCUGACGGAGCCAUGAACGUUGAAGACUUUGUUUCCAGGGUUGUAAACCAAAACAAACCGCCGACGCCAUCUGCCUCCACUCCCUACAGACAGCUGAAACGGCUCCACUCCACUCAGCCCUUCGACGAGGGAGGCCGGAGGAUAGCCACGCCCUCGGCUUUGACCGGCUCCAUCGGCAUGCGUCUGUUCUCCACCCUUGAUGACGGCAGCGGUUUCACUCCAGCCGAAUACAUCCUGGAUGCCUGGAUAGAGGAGGGAGUGGAAAACAGUGCUGAGAUCCUGCAGGCUUUGAAUUUUGACCUUGAUGGGAAGCUGAGUCUUGGAGAUCUCACCACGGCGCUCGAAAAUGAGCUGCUUGUUACGAAGAACGGGGUUCACCUGGCGGCUCUGGCCAGCUUCAAAGCUGAGAUCAGAUAUCUCCUAGAGCGUGUGGACCGAGAAAUCAGGGAGAAAGAGAAAAUCCGAUCAGACCUUGAAAAAGCAGAGAGGCUGAAAACGCAGUUUGCGACUGAGGUGGAUGAGCAUCACUCUGCAAUGGAGCACAAGAACAGCCUCAAUCUCAGGAAGCUUGAGCAGGAGCACAAAGAGAAGCUGGCCGCGGUGCGAUCAGAGCUGAUGAAGGAGAUGGACCAGAUCCAGCAGCAGGCGGGCCUGCAGCGCGAGGAGCUGGAGACGGAGAUCAAGAAAAUCCGAGAAGACGAAUCUUUCCUCCGAGAACAUCUCUCCAUCUCAGUGAAGGAGAGCAGACGUCUGGAAAUGGAGUUGCUGGACAGCAAUGAAAAGCUUGUGGAAGCCCAAAGUCAAAUUUCCAAACUCCAGACAAAUUUAGACAACAUUAUGAAAGAUAAGUUUGGCGACCUGGACCCCGGUAGUGCAGACUUCCUUCUCCAAGAAGAACGGAUCAAGCAGCUCCGCAGCGGAUACGAAGCACAGUGCAGGGAGCUGCAGGAUCGUAUCGACGAGCUGCAGUCUGAGUUGCAGGAGUUCCACAGUCUGGGUCGAGCUCAUCAGUCCUGCCAGAAGCCUCUCUCCGAGGAGCUGGAGAGUAAAAGUCCCGGCAUGGAGUCCGACCCCGGCAUCGGCUCGGAGGAGGUCCAGCCCUUCAGCAUGAGCCUGGAAGCAGAGAUGAUGCUGGAGCAGCUGAAGGAGCAGCACCUCCAGGAGAUGGAGGAUCUACGAAACCAGCUGGAAAGCAAGAUCAGUGAAUUCGAGAAGAUGGUAGAAAAGCAGAGGUCGACUCACGAGGACCAGAAAGCCGCCUUGUCCCUCCAGUACCAGCAGGAGUUCCAGGCUCUGCAGGAGGAGAUGGCCAGCGUCCAGACCCACGCUGAGGAGCUCCAGAGCCAGCUGGAUCAGGCCGAGCAGGAGCAGAGACGCCUGGAGCGUCGGCAGGCGGAGGAGAGGGAGGAGCUGGAGAACCUGCAGGAGGAGGAGGUGGCGAGCCUCAGACAGCAGCUGCUGGAGGCCCACCACUCCACCGCAGACCUGGAGGAGCAGCUGAAGGCUCUGGAGGCACAGCAUGCAGAGACGGACGAAGAUCUUCACUCUGAGAUGGAGAAGCUGAGAGAGACUCACAUCGCCGAGGUUAGGAGCCUAAAAGACGAACACGCACAGCUGCUGGAAGCCAGACUGGCAGAGGAGAGGAAGGAGUUUCAGCAGGAGAGGGUCAGGUUAGAGCGGAGCUUGUCAGAAGAUUGGGAAAAAGAGAAGAAGGCGUUACAACAGAACCACGAACUGAAACUGGAAGAGCUGAAGUUGAGGUUUGAUGAGGAGCGCGACGAAGUGGUGAAGAGUCUGACGGAGCAGUGGCAGAAGGAGAGGGCUCAGCUGGACGAGCAGAACAGCGAGUCUCUGCAGGUGCUGCUGGAGGAGGAGAUGCUGAGGCUGGUGAGGGACCAGGAGGAGAAGGAGAGCAGGCUGAAGGAGCAGUGGGAGCAGGAGCGAGCUCGGCUGCAGGAGCAGCAUCAGGAGGCCCUGCUCGACAGGCUACAAGAGGAGCGGCUGCAGUUUGAGCAGAGGGAGAAGAAGCUGAGGGAGGAGUGGGAGGAGGAGAGGCUUCAGCUGGAGGAGGACUACGAAGGGAUGAUCCAGGACAGGCUGAAUGAGGAGAGGGAAAAGCUGGAGACCGAGAGAGAGGAGGAGGAGAAGAGGGCGGAGAGGCUGAUAGCGGAGGAGAAGGAGCUGCUGGAGGAGCGUCACCGAGAGGCCGUGAGAGAGCUGAGAGCGAAGCACGCCGAGGAGAGGGACGCGCUGAGCGCCACGCUGGACAAACUGCGAGACGACAUCGCCCAGGAGAGGAGGGAAGUCGAGAUGAGCUUCAACCAGAGAAUCAGAGAAGUGGAAAACCGUUUCUCGGGCGAUCAGGAAUCUGUUGCAGAGCGAUUCCAAGCUGAUGUUUUAAAGCUCGAGCAGCACUACCAGAGUGAGCUGAGAGCUCUCUCUGAUGGCCACAAAGCUCAGCAGACCCGCUGGGAAGAGCAGCUGCAGAAAGCUCUCCAGAGCCUCGACCGGCAAAGGAAGGCGACGGAGGAUGGCCUGGAGCGGGAGAGAGAGAGGCUGAAUCUCGAGUGGGCCGAAGAACGACGGGAGCUCGAAACCUUCCACCGUGAAGAAAUGGAGGCGCUGACGUUGGAGAACAAGCAGCUGCAGAAUGAGGUGGAGCAGUCGGCCGGUCAGGCCCAGACUAAAGAGAUCGAGCUGAGCAGGCAGCUGAACGACCUCCACCACAGGCUUCAGAGCAGCCUGGAAACCAAGAACGAUCUCCUCGUUCAGUCGGAGGACAAAACCCUCCAGAUGGAGCUCCUGCUGAAUCAAACGGUGGAGGAUUUUAAACAGGAGAGAGCAGAGCUGCAGGACAGCAUCACCGAGCUGGAGGCCAAAUACAGCGAAAUCCUCUCCCUCUCCGAGAGGCAGAUCGCUGAGAGGAUAGAGCUGUUAACCGAGCGGGACGAUUUGAGGAUGAAGAUCGAAGAGCUGGAGAUGCUCCUGAAGCAGGCCGCAGGAGACUUUGAGCAGGAGAGGAACGAGCUGCAGGACAAUCUGACCGUUCUUCAGGAAAUGCUUAAAGGCGCUCAGGAGAUAGACGUAGAAGAGCUGAAAGCGGAGAGAGACGUGCUGAAAAUGAGGGUUGAAGAACUUGAGAUGCAGCCCAAAGGAGAUUUAAAUUCAUCAAAUGAGAUGAAAUCCAACACCAAAGAUAGUGUUUCCAUGUCUGGAGAGCCAGAUUUAACUCGGAAGCAAGAUGAAGAUGAAAGAAAUCGAGCAGUCGAUGAAGAUGCUGAAAAUGAAGAUGAAUGUGUUCAUGAUGAAGCAGAGCAGGAGAGCAGCGAACCUCAGGGGAAUCUAUCACUUCUUGAGAAAAUGUUACAAGAAAUAGAUGGAGAAGACCCCGGGCGCGCUUAUCUUCAUCAUGAAACCUGCGAAUCAACUCCCAGCGAUAACCGCAACCCGGAUCCCCCAGAAAAACAUCCCAGCUUCCGAGAUGAAAGUGAGGCCUUUGGUUUGGAGACGCAGCUGGACCCCUUCUCGCCACUCCAGGCGUUCGCCGACCCUGGGAAUAAAGUCAUCCUCGAGACGAUCAAACCUCGAGACGCUGCCGCCGUGGAUUGUGGGAGCUCUUUUCAGGAGGAUGAGCCGUGUCAUGAGGUUUUGGUUGAGCCGCUAUCGCUGGAGGGGGCAGGUGACCCCGGUGAGCGGUCUCUGGAGGAUCCUGAGGUUGACUGUUUACCAGAUAACUCUCACGACAGUAGAAAAACACUUGCUUCCAUUUCAGAAUGCGAACAUUUAACCACAGAAAUAAAGCGUGGACGUGCGCAUGAUUGUGUGGAUUCAGACGGCGAAGAGCGCUCCCUCCUGAAGCUACAAGCUCUGUUCACCUCCGCCACCGAAGAGAACGCCCUCCUACACGAGAAGGUUUGUUUGCUGCAGCAAAAGAGUGAAAUUCUGGAGCAUCUGCUCGCUCAUAACAGUGAAAAGAUCAAAACAGGCCAACAGGUUUUAGAGGAAAACUACAGCCUCAAAGUGAAAAUGCUGCUUCUGAUGGAGCUCGUCAGAGAGAUGGAGACAAAGGCCUUAAAAAUGACGGCUCUUCAGAUUAGAUUUGAAGACUGCAUGUGUGAAAAUGCCAAACUCAAGGACCAAAACGCGGAACUUGAGAAGAGGGUUUGGAUCCUGGAAGGCCGAAUGAAUGUGUUCCGCGACUCUCAAGACGAGCGGGUCUCCCUUGUGGACGAGGUCCAGAGGAUGAGAGAGGAAAACGCCCAGCUGUCAGAGCUGUUCGCGAAGCUCGGGCGGCGGGACGGGACCGUUUCGGAGAACCCUGCGUUCCCGGGUCCAAACGGCGAGCUGGCCGUGACGGCGCCUGCAGCGGCCCACCUGGAGAACUGCUGCCUGGAGUUUGAGAAACACAACAGCAAACUCCGCCGAGCCAUCACGGACCUGCAGGACAAGUCUCAGACCUUAAACCAAACAACACAGGCUCAUAGGUCUGAAGCCAGCCGUCUUGCUGAAGAAAACGUCGUCCUAAGGCAGAGGAUCGCUGCGCUGAAGGUGGAGGACUUGAAGGAGGUCCAGGAGGAGUUAACGCAAACUUUGGAGAACUUGAAUAAAGAGAAGUUUGAAUCUCAGAAGGCAGCCGAAACCUUCAGGAAACAGAUUUCAGAGCUGCGCUUGCAGAACCAGCAGCUCCGUGACGAAAACCGGAUGCAGUUGGAGAACAGCGCCCGAAACCUUUCUGACGUGGAGAGUCUGCGACGGCAACUGAACGAGCUGACGGACGACGGCGAGAGGAGGGGGCUGUUUCCCGCCGAGGAGAGAAACAAGCUGGCAGCUUGUGUGUCUGCUCUGGAGGCAGAGCUGACCAAAGCUCUGGAGGACACUGCUCAGCUGGAGGAGAGGAACAUCCAGCUGUCAAAGCAGCUCUCUGAGUCCAGAGAGAAGUUGGCAGAUGAAAGUCAGGAGUGUGUGAACCGUCAGAGCGCUCGUCUGAAGUCGGACCUGCGCGUCGUGCAGCAGGAGAAGGAUUCGCUCAAACAUGAAGUCACAGUGCUGCAAAAACAGCUGCAGAACUCCAACGACAAGAACCACGUCCUGGAGAUGGCCUUGCAUUCGAGCGGGCUGCAGAAUCAGAGCAAGAGGCUGUACAGGGACGAGAUGUCGCGGCUGAUGGAGCAGGAGCAGCUGCUGCUGAGGCAGGAGAACGACAGGCUGCAGGCCGAGGUGCGCAGCAUCAAAGACGAGCUCGCCCAGUCCAGAGAGAAGGCCCGUCAGCUGGAUGCUACCAUCAUGUCCCUGAAGCAGCACAAGCAGCAGAGUCCGUCCUCUCUGCUGAAGACGCUGGAGCAGGAGAACAUCGCUCUGAAGCAGGAGCUGGAAGCGCAGCGGGAGCUCAACAAGAGCUGUGAGGCCGGGCAGAGACAACCAGACCUGGAAACCCUUCAGCAGGAGAACGAGGCGCUCAAGGCCCAAAUGUCUCGAAUGUCCUCUCACCUGUUCGAGGCGUUUCAGUCCCACUUCGGUGGACUUCUGCCCCCAUCGCCUCACAGGGUCCCCCGCGGACAGCACCGCGGCGACGAUCCAGACAACCUGCAGGACGACAGAGAGAGGAAGAUGAAGAUGAUGGAGGAGCGCAUGAAAGAAAUCGAACUGUCGCUGCACAACGUCAAGCUGCUGCUCAGAGAGAAGGCCGCUCAGCUGAAAGACCAGCUGCACAAGAAUGGAAAAUCAGAUGUUCUGAUCAAAGAUCUGUACGUGGAGAACUCCCAGCUGCUGAAGGCUCUGGAGAUCACCGAGCAGCGGCAGAAGAUCGCAGAGAAGAAGAACUACCUGCUGGAGGAGAAGAUCUCCAGCCUCAACAAGAUCAUCCGCGACCUGAACCCGGCGGCUCUCCCACCGCUGCCGUACCACUACAAAUGCUCCUGAUGUCCAACGGCAUGAUAGCGCUCCAAUUAAAGGGCCGAAGUCAGCCAUGAACUGCACUGUUUUACUUCAAAAAACACUCAUAUUCGUCUGUUUAAAUGUGUUUUUACAUCUGUAUUUCAGCUUUAUGCACAGAAACUGACAGGGUUUCUUUUUUUAAUUUUUUUUUACUAAAAAAAAAAUGCAGUAUUUUUAUUUUAAGCAAGCUGGAUCUGUGAAGUGCUGAAAUGUGAAGACAAACUGUAAAGAAAGGCUUUUAUUUUGCAAUAAUUUAUCCGUUUAAAUUAAUUGUAAUGCAGUUAGUGGUACAAGUGCAUAUUUUGCUGAAUGUCUUGGUCCAAAGCGAGAUGCAAUACUAAUGUCUUUAACAUAUAUAUAUAUGUUUGAUCAUGUGAGUUUGUUGUCUGACUCUCCACAAUCCUUUAAGUAAAGGUAAAGCUCAAAUCCCGUCUGUCAGCGGUGCAAUCAUAAAGACAAAUAAUCUGGUGACCUUUGAAAGGUGUUUGCUUCCAAUGUGACUCUACCUGAAGUUGCACAAAGUUUAAAUGUCGGUGAAUAUUUCACAUUUGAAUGUCUGAUGGUGUCUGAUGAUCUGCUGCAGUAUGUUUGAAUAUGGCACCAUCAUGAAGGUGGUCACACUGAAUGAAGUUUGUAAAUGCUGCCACGGUAAAGAGGAACCAGAAACACGUCUG